UCAUCACCAUUGUCAACACCCAAACCCAAGAAGAUGUCCAUCUCACAAACAUACUUUUUGGCUCACCGUGCCCGGGCGAAGCUCUCUAGCGAGGCUGCCCGUGCCGACCAUAACCUCCGUCUCCUCGUUGGCCAUGCGAACCUCCUCGACUCCCUGAUGCUCGACCUCGCGAAUGCCGAACGGGAGCAGGAGAGCUGGUUCAACCAAUCCGUUCGCGGAGCCAGCCCGCAGACCGAAGAAAGACGUGUGCAAUGGUCCAAUUCCAUUGCUGACGAAACCGAGGAGGACUGGGAAGCCGACUCCUACUCCGAUUCAGACAGCGAUAGUGAGGAGGACGAGGACAUUGAGAUGGCAGACGCUGUCUCAUUGAGGAGGAUACCGUCCAACACCAUCGUGCCGCCGUCUCCACAACUGGAGACAAUGGACGAGGAUGAAGUCGACGACAUGGAGGAGGACAACGAGGAGGACUACGUAGCCCUGACCCUUACUCGCUCCCCGUCACACUCCGCAUCACCACCCGAACUCGACCACGACUCCGACUCUUCAGAGGAUGAGUCCAUGCCACCAUCACCGCCGUUCGCAUCAUUACCAUCAUUCGCCGAGAAGCAGAGAGAAGCAGUAACAGCAUAUUAUGAUUCGAAAGAGGAGGAUGAUCAGAAGGCCGACUUCUACAACGAAGGAUACUACCUGCCACCAAGGAAUUCUGCACGAUUGAUAUCCGCGAUAUCAGUCUACUAG